ACGACCGAUGCGCGCUUCCCUUGAUCGCAAACGUUAUUCGACCGGCGUUCAUCGCUGAACUACGGAACUGGCACAAGUCUACUGGCGCGAGUCUAUUCCAAGAGAGUGAGAGUGAGAGGGUGCCUUCCAGUACCUGAUGGUUGCACGUGGUCAUCGAUCAGGUUUCAGUGCGUUUCAGUGAAAUAAAAAAGCAAAGUGCCAAAAUCUUGUUCUUGAACCUCUUGGGGGCCGUUGGUACGGUUGGUAGCUGCUUUUGGAGAGCUCUAAUUGAGACCUUAGCAGCCGGAGUAGUGGUCGAAGUUGUGCGUGGAGCGGAAAUUGAAGAAGGUUUCUGACCAGACAUAGCAUACACUGAGCGGGUAACGGCUAGAAGUUGAAGUGCGCGCGUUCGCAGUGACACCAAGAGUAGAUCACUUGUUGCUUCCAAAGCAUAGGAAAAGAGAUGAAGAUUGCCAAACUGCAACGACAAUGGGUGCUGCUGAACACACUGGUGAUCGUGCCGUGGAUAUCAUGUCAGAGACUCGACGUACCCCGCGGCAGCCAUCGAAACGCCGAGUUCCCAGCGGUUCGACCAAGGCGGGCGGUAUCCUUCCGAAAUGACGAUACUCGGCGGGUCGGUCUAUUCGGAGACUACGACAGCGCUGAAGUCGACUAUAACCCAUCGCCCAGCCGGGCGCGGUUCGGUUUCAACAGGGAUUUUUAUUUCGACUACUCGAGGGACUUACCGGCCACCACCACUCGUCGUAGUCUUCCGCUGGUUCGAGAGCGCCCCCGUACCAAUGAGGCCGCUGGAGGCGAAGAGUUUUCCUACCGGGAAAAGGACAAGAACGGACCGUCCAACUGGGACAAGAUUGCACCGCAGUGCGGUGGCAAGUACCAGAGUCCGAUCAUGCUGAACACGAGUAGCGCGCUCUUCGUCCGGAACAAGAGGCCCCUACAGCUGGUCGGUCAAACCAAUCUUCCUCAAUCGAUCCGGCUGCAAAACGAUGGCCAUUCGGCUAAAUUUACCUACAAUUGGCGCAACGGAGAACGCCCGUACCUCCGUGGAGGUCCCCUGAAGACCAAAUACUUCUUUGAGCAGUUCCAUUUCCAUUGGGGAUCGAACAGCUCGGUUGGUUCGGAGCACGUCCUGGACUUCCACCGAUACCCAAUGGAGUUGCAUCUGCUCUUCUACAAUUCCCUGUACUCCUCAUUCGAAGAAGCCCGAAAUGAAGUGGACGGCCUGGCGGUGGUGGGCCUUUUCUACGAACUGUACGAAGUCAAUGACGAACCGCUCAACACUUGGACCCGUUUCCUGCAGGAAAUUGUUAACCCCGAAUCGGAAUACACCAUCCAGUUCAUCGACACAUUCCCGCUGUACGACCUGAUCGGAGACGUCGAGUGGCCGUACUUCUCGUACGAGGGAAGUCUGACGACGCCACCAUGUCUGGAGACGGUAACGUGGAUCGUGUCGGCCAAACCGCUCCUGAUCACCCCACGGGAAAUUCGUGAAUUCCGGAAGAUUCGAUCCCGAAGUGGUCCCAUGGUAAACAACUACCGGCCGGUUCAGAAGCUGUACAACCGGCGAGUCUACCGGUACUAGGAUGGAAGAUGGUGGCGCGACUUUAACGAGUGAUAAACAAAUGCAUUUUAAAGACAGAUUUCAGCCGUUUUAGAUUAAGGAGAUAGCUCAAGGCCAAAACCAAAGUAUUCGCUUCCGGGCGGGCAUUAGUCGUAAGUUUAUAGAUAUUGUGGGGCAUUAUGAAAUAGAGCAUGUACUGAAGAAUAUUAGGAAUGUUAGGAAAAAAGGACGCGAAGGCGUUGAGAAAUGUUCGAUUUUGUGUUCCACUAAUUGUUGUAAACCAAAGCAGUUUUUUAUGUCUUAAUAUCUACUGUACUUAUCCUCAUAUAUUUAUAUCUAUACAGAUGCGUCUUUAAAUUUUCAGCUUUGCAUUACCUAAAUAAAACAUGUUAUGAUAGAGAAUUUUUGAACGAAUUAUAUUUAAAUAUUGCAAGUGA